UGGAGAAAGUAACCUUGACCCUUGUGAAGGCGGGAUGUAUCGAGAUGACUCUAUGAUAAACUGUGCUGAAUGUGCCGUAGGAGAGGAACCCAACACCGACAAAACUGAUUGUGAAAAGUGUCCAGCUGGAAGCUACAAAGAUGAUGAAAUGAUAAAGUGCGAAGAAUGCUCUGAUAACGAGAUAAGCGCAGAAGAUGGAGCAACAUCGUGCACAACUUGUGUCGAUGCUGAUGAGGAACCUAACUUAGAAAAAACAGCUUGUGUAACUUACUGUCCGGAACUAAACAUCAAUACCAUUCCACACAUUCUACUGGUCACUCCCCGGAAACCCCCCGGAACAGAAGUUACCAUCAGAUGUAAUGCUGGAUACGCUCUUCAAGGGAACAGAAUCCUAUCGUGUUCUGAUGUCGGGAGCUGGGGCGGGUUACCUUCCUCGUGUGAAUUAUGUGAGACUUUAAGCACAAACAGUGUAGUUAAAGAAGAGCGGAAAGAGGUGACGGGGGAGAACUCACUGACUGGCACUUAG